AUGACCGCCGGCUCCGGCGUGUCAGCCGUCCACCGCUCUUCCCUCCUGGCUCCGCCGCUUUCUGACCUUCCCACCUCAACAAGCCUACCCCCACAACAAGUACCAGCAAUGCCGCGACCCAUACCCCCGCCUUUAUGCGUUCACGCAUAUGCGACUCAAAUCCUCACUUCCCAGGGAGCAGUCAUGGUCCCGAACGACCCAUGCGGCGGCGCCAUGCAUGCAACCUCCCACCGCACCCCCUGGCUCAGUGCCUCAGUGACCGCCUUCGACAACGGCGCUUUCCGUCCCUACCACAACCUACACGAAUUGGCAGGCUUCGACGUGCCAACUAUCCCCUACGCAACACGCGGGCCAGGCCACACCUCCCCCCAGCCUCAACCCCACGCGCUGUCCCAUGUCAGACCCCCUCUUAAACGCAGUCAUUCGGCGUCCAUCCGGCUGUGGUCCUUCUCCUUGAAGGAGCUCAAGGGCAUCGGCGGGGCCACUAGGGCUGCGGCUAGGACUGGGCCCGGUGUCAGUGAAAAGGGUAAUCCUGAUGAGGAGCUGCUCAGGCCCAGCCCCGGCGGUGAUGGAGCUAAUCUGCUCGGCACCAGCGGGCACUUUUUCCGUACUGUUUCGAUCAGCAGUCAAGCCCGCAGGGCCAAAUCGAUGAUCCACUUGCCCCGCCUCUUCGUCUCAGCGCCCCAAGGCGUGGAUAGCAAGGGGCGCGUAUCGGUUGCUGCUGCUGGCCGUGGGGAGGAGGAAGUGGUGCAAGGCGGGUGCAGUGGGAGAACGUCAGAAGCUGCGCUUGCAGUGCCAGCGGCAGUGGCCUCUGAGGAUGUCCCAGCCGUCGCCGCUGCCGGCGGCGCGGUAGCCUUGCAUAAACCGCGUGAGUUUCUCAUCCGGUCUUGGAAGUCGCUGCGCUCCGUGGCCGUGGUGAACCAGGGGUCAGUGGCGGACGUGGCGUGCAGCAGCUGCAAUGAAGAUAAAACCAUGGCUGCUGUAUCAGCAUCCACACCAUGCUACGGCAGUAUCGGGAUGAGCCACCUGCCACCCGCACCUGCAAGCUACACCCGGACAGCAAGUGGGGGCUGCAGCCCUGUCAGCGCCUCCGCGGUGGGCGCUGAAGGUGCAGCUGCCGCCACCACCGCCGCCAGCCGCGGAGCUGCCGAUGGCGGAGGUGGCGGAGGUGGCGGAGGUGGCAGCCCGGAGCCCCUCCGCGGCAGCUGCGGCAGCUACGCAACCGUGAGGUCGGGAGCGCUACAAAAACAGUUAGGGGCCGCGUUCAACCGGAAGCAGGAUGAGGGUGCAUGCGCAGCAGCUUCGCGCCGACAUAUAAGUGCCGUACAUUGGCAUCGGUUUCGGCCGUUCUCCAAGCUGAGCGACGUCCCGACGCGGACUUUCCAUUUAGCAACGGCAUUCAUCUUCGUGGCGUGCAUGUCCGUGUUUACGUCCUCGGCCCUGCUGCCGGCCGCCCAACCCGAUUUGGGAUUGUCCCCAGCUGUGGUCGGCGGCGCGGCAGCGGCGGCUCUGGUGCUGCCAGCCCUGGUUCAUUUUCCCAUGACCGCGUGGUGGUUGGGACGACUGGGCCCCCGAUACACCCAGGUGCUCCUCUUGCUGCUGACCGCUCCCGCGCUGGCUUGCAUGGCCCUUGUGGAUUCUGCCUCCGCAUUCAUCCUGAUACGCAUCAUCUCGGGGAUUUUGCUCCUGGCCUUAACAUGCACGCAGUUCUGGUUGGCUGCCACCAUCCGGCCCCACGAGCUGCCCAGCGCCCUGGCCCUGUGCACCUGCUGGGGCAGUGCGGGGGCGGGGGCGGCCCUCCUUGUGUUACCCCUGCUGGCGUCUGGGCUGCAGCGCUGCUGCUACCCCACUGCCCCGUCCGCCGCCUGGCGCUCGGCCUUCUACGUCCCUGCCGCCGCGCUCGUGCUACUGGCGUUUGCGACUUUUGCCUUCGGUCAGGACACCCGCUUUGGAGACCUCCUUGAUCGGCGAAAGCUGCCGCUGCCGCUGCCGGUGGACAAAGCAAGGCCGUCGCUGCCGUCGCUACCGCCGCCAUUGCUGCUGCAGAGCAGCGGUGCAGGCGGCGGCGGCGGCAGCAUGCGCACUGGGGACCAUGAGCACGUGCAGAUGGAGGGCGCCGCGCCGCAGUCGCCGCCGCUGCCGCUGCAGCGACUGCGCAGCGUAGGCACGCAGAUGAGCGGCGGUCUGCGGCGGUCUGUCAGACCUUGGUCGACAGCGGAAGCGACUCCGCUAUCAGCUGCAGCACGCACUGAAGCACAAGUGGACGCGGGGCCCGGGUCACCGUUGACAAUGGGAUCGGGACCGGGACUUCACGGCAGUCCACAGGAGCGGGAGCGGGAGCAGGCCCAGGCGGUGCAUGGGACUCAACAGGCGGUUACGGCACCGCCAGGAGGCAACAAAGUAGCGAUACGAUUGGGACCACCGGUGGCCGCAGCUAGUGACGGCUCUUUCUCAGCAGCCGACUGCCGCAGCCGUCAGUCCAUGUCCUCUGCGCCCUACUCCGCUCCGCCCUCGGACAUGGACACCGCCACGGACGGCCAAGGAGCUGGGGAACAGUGCUCGGGGAAGGAGACGGCCGCUGCACCGCUAUCGAGCCGCCGCGGCGGGAGUGCACCUCAGCUACCCAUAGCUGCAUCCUCCUCGUCCGCGCCGCAGGCAUCUGUUGCACCACCACCGCCACCAUCCGCGCCACAACUGUUACCGCCGGCGCCGCUAACCCCACUCGUCUCCCAAGCGCCAACGCGGGCACUGCUGAGUGGCCGGUUGUCACCGCUUGGCAAUGCACGCAAUAUACACCAUCAUGAGCAGCACCACCACCGGCAGCAGCAGCACCAGCAGCGGCACUCUCACCCUCAGCCCUAUCCCAACCAGUACAGUCACAACCUCCACAGCCGCGCUGUUGCCGGCCGAGAAAGCAUCAGCUCCUCCAGGCGGCAACAACUGGAGGACCACAGCCGCAGCAGCCCACAACCCAAGGCUGCAUCCCCCGUCAACGCGUAUGCACCAUCCUCAGCAUCCGCAUCGGCAGCAACGAAUAGUGCUGCUCGGCUUGGGCUGGUGGCCUCCGGCGCUUCCUCUCCUUUACAGCAUCCGCAUCAACCUGGGCCCUGCAUGGUUUCAGAGCUGGCCACCCUCCGAGAGGUGGAUCCAGAUUCCGACCCCGACCCCGACCCCGACCCCGACCCGGCGGUCGGGAAGCAGCAACGGCAGCAGCGACAGCAGCAGCACGCGUACGCGGCGGGAGGCAUGGUGAUGGAGGAAGCCGAGCAUGCGCCUGUGCCGGGGUUUCAGGCAAUGCUGGCCGGUUGCAGCGACCGUAGACCGAGCCGAGUUGGAGUUGAGAAGAAGGGGCUUCCUCCGGCUGGGGAGAGAAGCAGCGCCGCCUUUGGUACUUCCGCCGCCCUCUGGAACCCACCUACAUCCGAAUCGGCGCUGAAUGAGGGGCAGGAGUCUCCGGUCGCAGACGACCUCUCGUACAGCCACUACCAUCACUCCUUAACUUCCCCCUACGUACAGACGUACGACGCCAAGGCUAGCUUGUUGAAUCCGUACGUGCUGGUGCUGGCGGUAGGCUAUGGCUGCUGCUUCGGUACUCAGCUAGUAGCCCUCAACAGCCUACCAAUCUACCUAGCUCAGCGCUUCGCACUCAGUCCCGUGCGCGCGGGCGGGCUAGCCAGCCUGGUGGGGCUUAUGCAGCUGGUCAUGAGGCCCGCCGGAAACGGGCUGGUGGGGCCCGUCACGGGGCUGAGGACGAGGCGGGGGCCCGAGGCCGAGGAGGAGAAGGAGGAUGGGGACGCAGCGCCGUCGUCAGGCGGGGGAAAGCACUGCUCCUGGUGCUGCUGCUGUUGCUGCGGCGGCGGCGGCAGCACAGGCGGCCAGGGCACGGGUUCAAGACUGGGACUGGGGUUGCGCGGUCGUCUGUGGGUGCUGUGGGGUAGUCAGGGGGCCGCGGGGAUGUUCUGCUUGCUGCUGGGCGCUGUAGGACCUGGCAGCCUGGCGGUCACCGCGACCUGUGUGGUGCUGUUCGCUGCGUCCAGCCAGCUGGCUGGAAGCAUGCUGAUAGCGCUGUGUGCGCUGCUGCCGCCGCUGCCGGCCCCGCGGCUCCGGCCGUCCUACACGGCCGUAGUAGGCAUUGUGAGUGGCGGCGGCCUCAUGGGGGCGGUGGUCCUGCAGACCGCGUUCUUCUCCUACCGCGGGCUGACCUCCCCGAGCAGCUGGAUCUGGAUGGGUCAGUAUGUGCACGGGGACUGCAAGAUGGUAAGCUCCGAAGCCUAUAUGCGCGAGUAG